AUGUAGUUAACUCCGGGUGCUAUUGAUUUUAUUAGUACAGGAUAAUCUAUACCAUUGUUUGUUUAAAUCUUAAAUGUUAUAGAAAUUCAGAGAUUUGAAUCAUUUACAUAAUAAAAAUGUGAAAUAUAUGAUGGAAUAAAAUCUAAAGAAAUUUUCUUAAUUUCAAAAAAUAGUUUAAAUUAAUAGUUUGUAAAAGAAUAAAAGCCUAUUAUUCAAAUUGAAGAUUUUAAGCUUGAAAAUAGCUUCAUUGUUGUUAGAAAAUAUAAAGAAAGUAUUAAUAAUUAUAGAAUAUUAUAGUUUCACAUAUUUCUUAUCUAGAAGUUAACAUAAAAUAUGAAGAAGAACUUCAAGAUUAAAAUGAACCAAAAUUGACCAAAUUUUCAGAUUUUGUUAAAGAUAAUUAUUAUAAUAUAAAAGCAAUUGUUCAAAAUAUAGAAGAGAAGAAAACUGUUAAAGAUAUACCUUACCUAAUCUUUACAUUAUCUGAUUCUUUUAGUUCAAUAUCAACCAAAUGUUUAAUAUUUAUUAAUGAAGCUGGAAUAGAGGCAUACUUAUAAUUCAAGAACUAAUUAGAAUAGGGAAUAGAAUAUAUUUUUCAAAAUGUGAAAAUCGAUACAUAUAAAAAUCAAAAUAGAAUUUAUUUCAAUUCUAACACCAAAAUUUAAAUUGCCCCUUUAUUAAUUUAAUGGAUUAAAUUUAAUGAUAUUUAAUUUCAUAUGAUUGGGAAAAGCUGUAAUAUGGUUGGUUAUGUCUAUUAAAUUAAGUAAUUGAAAUAAGUUUCAGCUAGUUUAAUACUUAAAAAAAUUUAUAUUUUUGAUAUGAAUUUUAACAAAGUAAAAAUUGUAAUUUGGAAUUAACUUGCUAAAACCUUGGAAUUAUCUGAAAAUACUAUUAUUGGAUUUUAAAAUUUACUAAUUAAAGAAUAUUAAAAUAAAAUCUAUCUUUAGAUAAAUUAUAAAACAAGGAUGUUGACCAAUUCUAAAAAUUUAAUUUAAAUAAAAAAUUUUUAUGAAUUUUACAUUAAAUUUUAACAAUAAUAUGAUUAAAUUGAUAAGAGAUCCAAUUUUUAUAAAAUGGGAUUUACAGAUAUUUAAAAAGCUAUUAGCGAAUUUAAAUAAAUAUCUAAUCUUUAAUUUAUAAAAUACUAUAGGAUUAAGGCAACAAUAGUUGAAUUUUUAGAAAUUACUUUAAUUCCAAUAUUAAACAAAGAACUAUAAUUUAAUAUUAUACUUAGAGACAAAUCUAAUAUUAAUAUAAUUGUAAAUGUGAAUGGAACCAAAUUUGCUAAAAAAAUUCUAGGUAUUUUUAUUUUAAUGUUUUUAGACCUUAAUGAAGACAAGCAUAUAGGAUAAUCAGAUUUUUAGUUAAAAUUUAAUAAAAAUGAAUUUUAAGAGGCCAAAAAUAAGACUUAUGAUUUUAUAAUAAUUGGAUAAAAUAUAGAAGAAGAUAAUGAAAUAAAAUCAAUUUUUAAAUUAGUGAAGAUCAUUUCAGAUAUAUAAAGUGAAACUUAUAGAGGGGGAAUAUAAAAAUUGAUCAAGUUGAAUGAGUAAUUUGUCUAAGAAGAGAAAUUAAAUUUAUGA